AGCUCAUGGGGAAGCUCCGACACACACUCAGAGAUUCAUCAUGAUCCUGCUCGUGCUGCUUCUCGCCGCUGCCGGGAGUGGCCAUGCUCACAGCGUUCAGGGCCAGGAGAAAAACGGCGCAUGUGUGUGUGAGGUGAACAGCUCGAUCUGGGCUUUUCCUGCUUCCAAGUAUGACUCUGUGACAGAACUGCUGCAAAGGUGCCAAGACUCGCUGCAAAAUCUCCAAACACAGACGGUGACGGGUGUGAAGACGGUGCCUGAGAUGGAGGCCACACUGAAUAAUGUGACAAAACGGCUGAAAAGGUUCCAGUACCUGAACAAUCAGGGCCUGUACAACGCGCUACACCUGAACCAGCUCAGCCAAGAGAUCCAGCAGCUACACAACACCAUGAAUAAUGUAGAUCUGGACAAACCUGGAGGGGAGGCACAGCGGAUACGUACAGAGUUGCGGAAGUUUCAGGAAGAAGUGAACAAGAUGUACAAGAACAAUGUCUUCAACCUAGAAACAACGAGAGAGAAGUUGCGCUCUCUCAGUAACCGUGCCCAGACCUGCAGGACCAUCCCACAAGGCUUCAGGAGCUCUUGUUCUCAGCGCACGAUGAAAAAUAUCAGUGCGCCAGUGGUCACUAAGUUGAAUCCGUUCAGUACGUCCUUUAUUGCUGGAGCAUGGGGUCAUGACCCUGGCCUUGAUGGUGAAGAGGCCUACUGGAUCCAGCCUCUAGCUAAUGGAAACAGGUUGGGCAUCACUGUGCGCUUCUACCAGACUUAUGAGGACUUCAUGGCUGGAAGAAACCACAGAGAUGAAUCGCUGGCUAACUCAUACACUCACGCUAAUGCAAUUCAGGGUCCAGGGACAAUAGUUUUCAAGGGUGUUGUGUAUUAUCAGUGCUAUAACUUGCCCGAACUCUGUGCCUUUGAUGUGAAAACCAAGCAAGUCCGACGUCUCACUCUUCCUGAUGCUGGGUUCAACAACAAAUUCCCCUACUGCUACUACAACUGCUUAGAUUGGACGGACAUCAACCUCUCAGCUGAUGACAAGGGCUUGUGGGUAAUGUACGCUACAGAAGCUAACCACGGGAACAUGGUCGUGAGUCGAGUGGACAUUGAAGGCUUCAAUGUGACACACACGUGGAAGACACGCCUGUUCAAGCGCUCUGUGACCAACACCUUCAUAGUGUGUGGGGUGCUUUACGCAACUCGCUACAUAAACACCUACAAAGAGGAAGUGUUCUAUGCCUUCGACACGACCACAGGGAUGGAGGACAACACGCUCUCGAUCCCUAUGGAGAAGGUGGCAGCGGGCGUCGCCAACCUUCACUACAAUCCCACAGACAUGAGGCUCUACAUGUACAAUGGUGGCUACAUGCUUGCAUACCAAGCUUACUUCUGAAAAGCUAGAUUCGAAUAUGCAUUCAAUUCACUGUAUGAUAAGCAUAAACACAACAUGAUUUCCAGUAUAGAAUAGAAAUUGACUGAAACUUCAUUCAAUGCUAUAAAACACUGCAAUGGCAGUGAAAGACGACUUUCUGCUCUCUUAGUUGAUCCAAGCCAUUUUUUCUCAUUUGCACCUCUAUAAACAAGAGAAAAAUCUAUGUAGCAUACUCGAAAUUAUGCUCUAUUCUCAGCCUUACCAUAUUCCACUGACCAAAAUUUAAAUCCCAUCCAAUAUGCUUAUAACAAGUCCUGCAAGUAAAUUGAAUCUAUAUUUUUUCAAUUAUAUUGUUUAUUUUUCAGAGUUUGGUGUUAUCUAUAUACAAUAUCUGUACUGUUAGAGAAUAAUAUUAUUGGUAUAGCUAUUUGAGAUUUUCUUAUAGUCCUAUACUGUUACAUCCUAUGUAUUCUCAGAGUAUGCUUUGAAAGUAAUGCUUCAUUAAAGAGAAAUAAAUCAUUUAUGUCGACUGA